AUGGCCUGUAGCGUGAAUAUCAGCAAUACGAAAUUGAUCAACUUGUCUGCAGUUAUAGAAAGCUGCUACGGAGUUCAAGAGGAUGACACAGCUGCCGUUGUGAAACUGGACUUACCAGGAAAGGGUCAAAACCAAUUUCAGAGCUUGACGUCGGCGAUUUUUUCCAAGUUUUUGAACAGUACAAGAACCGGUUCCGCGCACAUGCAAGCUGGAAUAUCCCUUCGAACUUUUCUCUCUAGCAUGCUCGUAUCUGCAGUUUAUUUUCUGUUGCAAGUGGUAUUGUUCACCAUAUUAAGGAACAAAUUCAAAUGCAUUUACCAGACAAGAACCAUGAAUAAAUCUCAACGGCUCUUCAGUGCAUCUGAGAAGCCAAAGGGAUCACUCAAACAAUGGUUCUCCUGGAUACCAACAGUGAUCUUUUCUUCAACAGAAAAGUAUCAGGACAGGGCGGGAUUGGACGCUUACUUCUUUUUAAGGUUCCUUAAGACACAAUCACUCUUUUUUUUGACGUUAUCCAUGCUGAAUAUGCCGAUUCUGCUACCGAUUCACUAUCACUCUAGCAUGACAAACCUGAGCAGUGAUCCGUCGCCCUGGCUGGACAGGAUGAACAUUUCAAGCUUAGUGGCACAGAAUUCGAAUAAACUUGUGUUCCAUAUGAUCCUGGGAAUUUUUGUGGUAAUCUGGUUCCAUGCAUUUUUGAUACGAGAACUUAAAUUCGUUCAUGAGGUGAGCUUAGCGGUUCAACAGGAAGCUUCAUCAAUCCUUCUAAUUGAAAGAAUUCCAGAAUGUAUGGUGGGAGAUGCGCAAAAAGUAACUUCAAGCAUAGGUAUCCUAUUUCCGGAACGCAUACUUGACGUCAGGUUCCUUCCAAAAACUUUUGGGAAGCUUCGCAAGCUUCAUAAGAGGAUGUUGAGGGCUGAAGAGGAUGUUGAAGAGCUUACCAUGAAGAUACUGCUUAACAGAUUUUUUCUUAAUGCCUGUGAAGAAAAUAACGAAGAGUACCGUGGAUUAGCCUAUACUCAAAAAUUUGCUCUGCAGCUCAAUAAAUUACUGUUCUAUCUGAAAACGCCGGAAAGAAUCAUUGAAAGCACUGAAAUGCAAAAAUCAGGUAGCGCAUGGCUGAGUGGGCAUGCCUUUAAGUUCAAUUCGUCUUCCUAUAGGGCCAAGUUAUACCUAUCCCUUGAUAUAGCAACGAAGCGUUUCGAGAAAGCAUCUGCGGAAUGGAUGCAAGGCUGCGCCCAGUUACAAAAGCAGGGAAGUUCAAGAUACGAUCUCGGAAAUAGAGCCUUGAUAAGCCAAAUCUACCUUAAUAAGGUUUUUGUGAAGUUUUCCUCGAUGAAUGACGCUCGAGCGGCUGUUGGCUUAUUGCGAAAUGGAAGCGACGAUAAAUGGAAACGCGUUCAUCUCAUUUCAGAUCUCAGCGACAUUGUAUGGAGCAAUGUGAGGGCUUCCAACCCUACUCUGAUCCGUUUGAGGUUAGCAUCCGCCAACCUAUUGAGUGUGCUAAUCAUCGUGGGAUACAUCAUACCGGUGGCAUUUGUUGGGUUAAUCUCGCAAAUUCCCUACCUAGCUUCGCUUACCGCAUUUUAUUCAGAAUCAGAGGCAGACAGGGGAUCCGAAUUGGUUCGCGAAAUGAUGGCUGGUCUAGUUCCUGUCAUAACCUUGAUCUUUCUGACAGAGUGCGUUCCAUUCAUAUUCUGCUGGUUAAGCUAUCUACGCUGCAAGAAAACCAGCGCAGAGAUGCAGUCUGACGUCCAGAACUGGUUUUUUGCUUUCCUUUUUGUUCAUGUCUUCCUGGUAGUGACAAUAUCUUCAAGUUUAUCGAUUGUAUUGGAGAAAAUAGUGAAUAAUCCCGUAAGCAUUCCUACUAUGCUCGCGAAUGAUUUACCGAAGAGCUCAAACUUUUUUUGCUCAUUCAUCCUUGUGAGAGGACUAGCAUAUUCUGGAGGUAACUUGCUGCAGAUCAAAGAGCUGUUCUUUGAGUUUUACUACAGGCUCACGAUUUAUACUCCGCAUCGAAGAAUGAAGCGGAUGGAAAGCAUUCCCAAUAUCCAGUGGUGUUCGGUGUAUCCAAUCUUUUCCGUGCUUGGUUGCAUCAGUAUUGUGUACAGCGUCAUAUCCCCCCUAAUACUGCCUCUAAGCUGCAUCUCCUUCUCUCUGGUGAUGUUCUCGUUCAAAUAUCUGUACGAGUACCAAUAUAAUAGAGAUGGCUUUUCCAGAAUUGAGGGAAGAUUAUAUCCAUCUUCUCUGAUGCAAAUGUAUGCUGGCAUCUAUUGCAUGGAAUUCUGCAUGAUCGGUCUUUUUGCAUUAGGAAAUUGUUUCAAACUGUGUAUGUGCAUGAUUUUAUCAUUAGGCUUUACCAUUGUUGCUCACGUUCAAGUCUAUCGACAAUGUUUAAGCAAGCUUUAUGCAUUCAACUUCAAGCAGUACUGCGAAAAAAAUCCGAAUAUCGGUUCGUUUAGUGGCCUCAGCAGCCGAUGCAUUGAUUUCCCAUUCGCAAAUGGUGAAUACCGCUCACAAAUAUUGAUUCCGAAAGACACCGAAGGCUCGACAGCAAAUGAGAGAGACCACUUAGCUAGAGAAUUUCAUUUAGAAUUCAAAUCCAGCAAUUUCAACCUCAACCGGACAGGUGAUAUAGUGUAUCAAUUGUAG